AUGGCGUCCAACACUGCUAGUGCUUCGUCUCCCUCAACUCAUAUUGAAGCUCAAGUCGAUCCUUCUGUUGGUGCUCCAGCUCCGGUGGUAGCUUCUCUGAUUGCUCCUCAGAUAGUUGCUCAUGUAGGUUACGUGCUCGACACAAUUCCUCCUCCACCUGCUACUCUUGCAAGUAACAUACCUAAUCCAGAAUAUCUUCUGUGGAUUUGUUUUGAUCAAUUCCUUAUGCAUUGGAUGAUGAACUCUGAUUCUGAUCUGAUGCCUGGUUAUGUCAUUAAUUGUCAAAUCUCCGCCAAGAUCAAGUCUGUGUUUACACAACUAUUUGCAACCAAAUCAAAAGCUAGAUUACUUCAUAUCCGAGCUCUAGUUCAAUCCACAAAGAAAGGCUCAUCCUCCAUUAAUGAAUACAUCCUCAAGAUAAAGCAUUAUGUCGAUGCACUUGCUGCUGCAGGUCGUCCAAUCUCUGAUGAUGUUCUUAUUCUCUACAUUCUUGGAGGAUUAGGUGCUGAGUAUGAAUCUGUUGUGGUGAAUCUCUCCUCACGCACUGAGUCUCUCACUCUUCAGGAAGUACAAUUCAUGCUGCAGAUUCAGGAGAUGCGAAUUGAUUAG